AUGUCUCCAGGGGUGACCAAUCUCACGGCCGUGACAGAAUUCAUGCUCCUGGGGUUCCCCACCCAGGGGACCAUGGACUUCUUGCACCCGCUGCUCUUCUCCCUGGUCUACCUGUGCGCCCUGCUGGGGAAUGGGCUCAUUGUCCUCAUCACCACCCUGGACCGGCUCCUCCACACGCCCAUGUACUUCUUCCUGAGGGGUCUGUCAUUCACAGACCUCUGCCUCAUCUCAGCCACGGUCCCCAAGUCCAUUGCCAACUCUCUGAGGCACAGCAGCUCUAUCUCAUUCCCGGGCUGUGUUGUCCAGGUCUUCAUGAUGGUUAUAUCAGCAAGUACAGAGUUUUACCUACUCACAUCGAUGAGCCUUGACCGCUAUGCUGCCAUCUGCCACCCUCUGCACUAUGACGUCAUCAUGAGCAGGGACAGGUGUGUGCAGCUGACAGCUGUGUCCUGGCUGGGUGGGGGUGUCAUCUCUGUGAUGCUCACAGCUGGUACCUUCUCCUUGUCCUUCUGUGGGUCCAACGUGGUCCAUCAGUUCUUUUGUGACAUCCCUCAGUUAUUGGCCAUUUCCUGCUCCGGAAAUUUAGUAAGAAAAAUUCUACCUAUCAUCAUUAGUGUGAUGUUGAAUAUGUCCUGUUUUACUUUCAUUGUCAUAUCCUAUGUCCACAUCUUCUCUGCUGUCAAGAAGAUUCCAUCCACAGAAGGUAAGGCCAAGGCCUACUCUACGUGCCUUCCCCACCUGCUGGUUGUGGUGCUGUUUCUCUCCACUGGAUGCUUUGCUUAUCUGAAGCCGACUUUGGACACUCCAUCCAUGUCUGACCUGGUCAUUUCUAUGUUCUAUACGAUGGUGCCCCCCACCUUUAAUCCUGUCAUAUACAGUCUAAGGAACCAAGCCAUGAAGUCAGCUGUGGGGAGACUGAUGAAGGGCCAUUAUUUUAGCAAAUAA